AUGUUUCGUCCUGGCGAUACGCCGUUUGGCAAGAACAAAAAUGAGUGUUACCGGAAGAAGAAGAAGAAGGAGAAGAAGAAGAAGAAGAAGAAGAAGAAGAAGAAGAAGAAGAAGAAGAAGAAGAAGAAGAAGAAGAAGAAGAAGAAGAAGAAGAAGAAGAAGAAGAAGAAGAAGAAGAAGAAGAAGAAGAAGAAGGAAGAAGAAGAAGAAGAAGAAGAAGGAAGAAGAAGAAGAAGAAGAAUUAAAGGAAAGGAAACAAUAAUUAAGUAUACGAAUUGA